AUGUCCACAGCUCCCUGGAACUCUGUAUACACCUCUCCCUCAUCGUCCAACUCGCAGCGCGCUCUCAAACCAUACCUCGAACUCCCUCACCUUCUGUCCUUGACAUGGCUUGCCUACCCCAUCCUCUCCCUCCUCUUCGUCGCGUUUCGCCUCCAGAUCUCCGCCCAGUCGGCUCAAUCCAGCAUCGCUAGCGCAAAGUCAGACUUUAUCUCGAGCUGCAGUGCUGCUCAGCAAGCCGCCACGUCUGCCGCGAGCCUGCCCCGAUAUCUUGCGGUUGCCGCCAACGACCAAAUUUCUGACGCAGUGAAUGGUACCUUGGAUGCUGCUCGGGCCACGCUGGUCCUUUCGCUGACAAUCAUGGAGGCUAUCAUCAACUUUAUCAUUGACAUGUACCGCUCGACUUUCCUGUGUUUCCUAGAGCUCGUUGUCCAGGGUGGCCUCACAUUAUUGAUCAGUGCUGUCCAAGAGAUCAACAGUUUCCUGACGACCACUUUGAAUGGUAUACGAACCGCAAUUCAAAGUGAUAUCACCAGCGCCAACAACGUCAUCGCCGAUGCGGUGAAUGGGAUCAACAAGAUCAAUCCAUUUGGCAACAUCUCGGUACCGCAGUUCAGCAUUCCCGCGCUGACGGAAUUGGAGAACGUCACACUUCCGACCGACUUCGAGACAACAUUGAUCAAGCUCAACGACUCGUUGCCCACGCUGUCGGCGUUGAAAAGCGACAUUGACUCUAUCGUGGACACUCCUUUUGAGUUGUUGAAGAAGGAAAUCAACGAUACGUUUGCUGGCUUUUCCUUCAACUCGUCUGUCCUGCCCAUCCCCGAGCAAAACACCCUCAGUUUCUGCAACGAUCUGGAUACGUCGUUCAUCGAUGAUCUAGGCGAGGCGCUGCUGAAGGUAGCAAAGAUAGGCAUCAUCAUUCUCGUCGUGCUCGCAUUGCUGCUGUUAGGCGCGAACUGUGCGUUCGAGUGGUACAAGUGGCACCUUCUGAAGAAGCAUCUACAGAACACCCGUGACGCGUGGACGACCGACCCCUCCGUGUACCAUUCCAGCCUGACAAAAGGCGCGCCGACGGUGGAUCUGAGUGACCACAACCUGAUGAUUCUGCAGGCGGACGCGCAGCAUCCGCACCUGAUGAAGAUAGCUAAUGCCCUGGCAAGGCUGACCCAUAUGGGUCCAUCACAGUAUAUAAACCUGCGCUGGUUCCUUCACUACGUCUUUCACCCGCCGGCGCUGGCAUGUUUCCUGAUUGGGUUCUUUGGGCUACUUUCGGUCGAAAUACAGGUCAUCGCCGUGCGCCCUCUGGCAGAUGAAUUCUCGCAGCAGGCUGUGGCCACCGUAAACAGCUACGCGGACGUGAUCGCGACCUCGAUUAAUGGGAGCAUGUACAACCAGUCGUCUGUGUACGCCAACUCGAUCAACGCUCAGGUGGACAGCAUUCAGUCAACCAUCAACGACGGGCUGUUUGGAUGGGUGAACGGGACGACGACGACACUCAACAACACGCUGAAUACGUUCUACACGGACCUACAGGACGCGGUCUCGACCGUCUUUAACGGGACGAUCCUGGAGCAGCCGGUGCAGGAAUUCAUCAAGUGCUUCAUCGGUGGAAAGGUGACUGAUCUGGAGGACGCGUUGACGUUCCUGCACAACAACCUCCAGGUUGACCUGCCACGCGUGAACGAGACAGCGCUCGUGCUCUCCCCGUCCGAUGUGAACGAGGUCACUGCCCCGAUCGCGUCUGCCGCAAUUGGCAGCGGAAACGGAAACAGCAACGGGAUCGUGGGCGACAUCGUUGACGCGUAUAUCAGUUCGCUCAAAGCGGAGCGCAUCAUGUUCGGCAUCUUCAUGGGCCUCUGGGGCGUUGUUGUGGUGAUGGCCCUGUGUAUCAUCUUCUGGUAUUCGUAUGGACGAGACUGGCUGGAGGCGUAUCGCCGACGGAAGUGGAAGAAAGAGCAGCGGGCCGGGAUCAACGGUCAUCUCGUUCCAUUCCGGGAUGCGACGCCUGGACCGACUACUUUGAGCAGUGAUAGUCUCGGCGGCGAAACGAUGGUCCAGAAAGACAUCCCAUCCUUUGAUUUCGGGGAAUCUCCACAAUUGCAUCUCGAUGCUGCCAGAUAUGCAGGGCCGAGCGAGGGACAGCAUGCUUCUGGUCAACGUCGGACAAUGUUUGACAAGAGCUGGGACAGUUUCGUCAACCACAUUUCGCGUGCGGCGCCCGUCGAAGAACGUCGCACACUCAAGAUCAGCCUUCCGCAGAAGCUAAUGGUAGGACGCAGGCGCGACCCGCAUAUCCCGGACGACGAAGAGAAGUAUGCUCUCGGGUCCAACCCAGUGAUGGACCCGAGGCCGUCUUGGUUCACGCGGAUGUUCGGAGUGGCAGGGACGAAGAGCGACGACGCUGGUGCGGAGGACACAGUCGUCGAUGAGAAGGGCUCGGAUCGUGCGCGCCCUCGGCUGACAAUCUCCAUCUCUCGAGCGUCCGCCGCACAAGUUGGCCAGCUGCCGAUGCUGGAGAAGAGCACAGAGGAUGCUGCGCCCAAGUCGGCGUGGUCGGUCUCUCCUGGCCUUCCGCCGAAACAGUCGUGGGCGAACGGCAUCCUUCCAGCGAAGAAGGUCGGGCUCCCCUCGAAUCCCUCGCCUCACAGGAAAUCUGCCAAGGCGCCCCACGACGCUGUCGUCGACUUCGGCGGUCAACCCAUGCCGGUCCCACUGCAUUAUGGGUUCGAGCGCCCGCCAACAUCUCCCGGUCAGCGUGUCUUCCUUCCUCCUCCACUCCAUCCCAACCGACUGCCUGCGCUGAACCCCGACACGUCUACGCCCAUCACACGUCUCUUGACUACGACACACGCGCGGCACUCCUCCCAGGCGGUGGACCCGUUCGUGACGCCAUUUGACGACGAGUAUCGUGCGCCGGAUACCCCGACCCUGGUGGAUCCCUUCUCUGAGAGAGGGAGACGGACGACAAACCCCUUUGCGACUAUGGCUAUCUGA